AGUCAAUUUUUCGAGGUAUGUAUGACUUACGCUUGCAGCGAGUCGAAUCAAAAAAAAGGAUGAUGCCUUUCACCAUGGCAAAGGGUGGCAAUCGAGGAUAUCGUCGUCGACCGUGAAAAAGGAGACCGAUCUUUCAACAAUGGCCGGAAAUAUCUAUCACAAACUGGCGACUGUAUCCUCGAUACGCUACUCUUCAGCAAUGGGCGGCAGAACCCUCGCGAUCGAUCGUUGAGGGCACUCUCCUCGCUCAAAGGCCCUCGAAAGGCUAAUAUGGACUUUUGUCAGAUACCUCAUUUCCCCGUCUCGACUUGAGAAUCUCCUCAAAACACCGCAAAAAUGGUCCGCACUUCAGUUCUCCACGAUGCGCUUAACGCCAUGAACAACGCCGAGAAGGCUGGCAAGCGUCAGGUCUUGAUCCGACCUUCUUCCAAGGUCAUCAUCAAGUUCCUCACUGUCAUGCAGCGACACGGUUACAUUGGAGAGUUCGAGGAGAUUGAUGACCACCGAUCCGGCAAGAUCGUUGUCCAGCUCAACGGCCGCCUCAACAAGGUCGGCGUCAUCUCUCCCCGCUACAACGUCCGUCUCGCCGAGCUCGAGAAGUGGGUUGUCAAGCUGCUCCCUGCUCGUCAGUUCGGCUACGUCAUCCUCACCACCUCUGCCGGUAUCAUGGACCACGAGGAGGCCCGCCGCAAGCACGUCUCCGGCAAGAUCAUUGGCUUCUUCUACUAAAACGGGACGGGAAACCAAUCAAAAAAGUGAUUUGAAAAGAAACAGGCAUUCUCGGCGUUAAGGGAGGAGGAUGAUGACUAGGACCGAUGCGAUUACAUAGCCAAGUCGCUUGUCGCAUACGCGAGCAUACCAAUUGAACCUUGACGAGAUGCUCAAAU